UGAUGUGAUGUGAUGUGAUGUGAUGUUAUGUGGUUAGGUAGGUAUGCAAAGGAGAGGAAGGGUAGGGUUGAUCUUGAUUUUGAUCCUGAUCUUGAUUUUUGUAUAUAUAUAUAUAUAUAGAGUAUGAGAGUAUAUGCACAUGAAUGAGGGCAUUUCAUCAUCAGGCAGGAUAAUCGUUUGAAUUGAAUAUACAUAAGGUACCUUACUGAAUAACGCAACGAUACUUGACGGAGAGAGGAAAGGAAGAUUCGAAGAAUUGAAGAAUCGAAGAAAAGAGGACAUGGCACAGCAACCUCUUACUCAUGGUGCGCCGGGCUCGGAAGUGAGUGCGAAGGAUCGGAUACUCGAGACCGGAGCAAGCGUCACGCAGGAUUUUGCACCGAUUAAAAAAAUUUGUGCGCAUCUUAAUGCGUUACAUGUUUAUGCUGCGGAGAGGGAGAGGAGUGUUGAGGCGAAUCAUUAUUGUACGCAUUUGAGUGGGGAGGUCCGUCAAUGUCUCAUCUACGAUUCCCCAACGAAUCCGGCAAGAUUGAUUGGAGUCGAAUAUAUGAUCACCAGGAGAUUGUAUGAGAAAUUGGAUGCGGAGGAGAGGAAACUUUGGCAUUCGCAUGAUUAUGAGGUCAAAUCCGGAAUGCUCAUUCUCCCCAACCCCACAGUCCCAGAUGCAGUCUGGACCGUAGCAGAAACGGAAGAAAUGAAAGAGGUUAUUGGGUUGUAUGGAAAAACAUUUCAUUUCUGGCAGACGGAUAGGGGCGAUGAGUUACCGCUUGGAAUGCCGGUUUUGAUGGGGAGUUUUACGGCGGAUGAGCAGGUACCGUGGGAUAAAGUCAAAGAAAGAGAUGAGAGAUUUGGGGUUGAUACGCAGAAGAAGAGAGAAGCGAGAAAGGGGAUUGAGAGUGUGGAGAUUCAUGAGGAUGCUGAUCAGGUUUGGAAGAAGAAAUAAGUUUUGUGUCUUUAAAUUCAAAGGAUGGAAUGUGUUUUUAUGGGUAGCUGAGAGACCACGAUGUUGUUUGUUGUUGAUUGAAAAGUCUAUGGUUGCUCUGGAUGGAUGGAUGAAUGAAUGAAUGAAUGCUUGAUUUGAGGGUGGAUAUUUGGAUUUUUUAUACUUGGCACUACGUACCUAGGUAACUAUAAAAUAGAUAUAGUAUCAAAAAGAAAGAAAAAAA